UGCACAGCCUGUUUACCUCAUUUUUGGAGGAGACACUGAACUGGACUGUGACAGCUGUCAUAUCAAAAAUAUGAUCGUAAUUGAUAACUUUUAAUAUAAACAAUUUGACCGAUGUCUGCAUACUUCAUUUCAGAGUUGAAUUAGUCGUGUUUUACAUUCAAAUUGAUCGCAAAUUAAUUACGUUCGAACUGUUAUCACAAAUAAACGUUGUAAACGAUGACAAUGGGCGAUGAGACUCCAGUUGCAUCACUGGUUCUUCCUGUAAUCUUAAGACCAAUAUUAAUGAAGCUAGAGAGACAAAAUGUACUGGCUGCUCAAACUCUCCGCACAGCAUUAUUGAAAGCUGAAAAUUCUCAUCCAGGAAUCACACAUGAUUUCAUUCUUGGUAUAAUACGACGGGCUGAACUUAAUCUUGAUAUGAAUGAAAGUGUUUUGAGAUUGCAAGGAGCAGCUUCUGAUUAUGAUGUUGUAGAAUACAGAUCAGCUAGAUCCGAAGAUGCUUUUCAAGAACUAAAUCGUAAAUCAACUUCAUUGAAAAGAAUACUUAGUCGAAUCCCUGAUGAAAUAACUGAUCGUAAAACUUUUCUUGAAACAAUCAAAGAAAUAGCAAGUGCAAUAAAAAAGCUUUUAGAUGCAGUAAAUGAGGUCAAUGCAUUUAUUCGUGGUUCUGCAGGAAAACAGGCAUUGGAUCAGAGGAAAAGGGAAUUUGUUAAAUAUAGUAAAAGAUUUAGUAACACAUUAAAAGAGUAUUUCAAAGAAGGGCAAGCUAAUGCAGUAUUCGUGAGUGCUUUGUACUUAAUACAUCAGACAAAUAUGAUAAUGCUCACAGUAAAAGAUAAGUGUGAGUAAUGAAUUUAUAAUAACAAAGUUACUUGUAACUAGUAUGAAGUAUGUAUUAUUAUAAUUUUAUCGAUUUUGUUAUAUAUUUGAUAAUAGAAUUUAAAUACCAUUUAAUAUAAAAUGUAUAUCAUUAUCUUAUAUGUAUUAAAUUGUUAUAAUAUCAUUAUCGACAAAUGAAAUUAUGAACACACGAAAACGAUUCUAAUAGAAGAUAUAAAUGUUGUCUCAAUGUAGUAUGUUGUUAUUUCAUGUAAAAUUAAUAUAUAUGUUUAAAUAUGACUGAGGAGAAAGGAAAUUGAUUUUGAAAAAAACAGAACAGAUUUGGAAUUAGAAAGACACUUCCCCAAAUGUAUAAGAAAUAAAAAUUACUUUAUUGAUAACAAAUGUA